AUGAAAAAGUUCCUCCUGGUUGGGCUGCUUUACCUGCUAAAGGAGCAGCUUCCCGUACACGCAGAAGAACACAUCUGCGAUUUCACGAAGGAGAAGUACCUCCUGGGGAAGAAUGAAAAAGAAUACUGUGUAGUGGAGGCCAAACCUUUCGACAGCGUAACAUUUAUAUGUCCCAAAAAAAUCGGAGCACAGUGCUUCCAAAAUGUGAACACGUUAGACGAUAUAAGUAACGAAAAAAUGGAAGCAUCGAAGCUAGCCAUAGAUGAGCUGCUAUACGGAUCGACCCUGUAUGGAGACACCCUCCUAAUAUCUCCUACGGUGAAGCAAAACACAACCUUCUACUGUUUUUGUAACUUACAAAUGGAAGACGUGAAAAAGUUCCUAAAGAAGAGAAAAUUGUCCAAGGAAAAGGAAAAGGAAAAUGCGAAAAAGAAAUCCGCUGUCAAUGUGGACAAUUUGGAAAAUGCGGACGAAGACAUGGAGGUGGUAGUGCCACAGAAGCAAGAAGAUGAGAACCUAAUGCGAGCAUUAUAUAGGGUAAGAAAAAUUGUGAAUAUAAUAGAGCGUGAAAAGAACAAAGAGGAGGAAGGAGAGAAGCCAGAAAAAAAGCAAGCAGAGGAAGAGGAGGAAGAAGAACUCGUAGAUGAGGAGGAGCAGGAAGAAGAGGAUGAGAGUAAAAUUGAAAAAAUUAUUACAAAGUAUGGAGUAAUGAAAGUUAUUGUUUCUACGAAUCAUACAAUUACUAAAGGGUGCGAUUUCGGAAAUAAUGUAGUGAACUAUUUUUCUAAACCCUACCCUGUUGAAAGGCAUGGAGGCAGUAAGGUGUGCAGAAUUGAGGCGAAGCCAGGGGAGUUUGUUGGAUUCAAGUGCAUAUACGAUAAUAGGGGCACCGUCCAACCACAUAACUGCUUUGAUAAGGUUUUUUACGAGGGCAAUGAAACCGAUUUACAGACCCUCAUGCCUGGUUAUAUAUCAUAUGGAAACAAACGGAAGGGCAAGUACGCCUUUUAUUUGAAGUUGCCCCACUUUGUGCAACACAGUUAUACCAUUCAGUGCAAGUGCAGGUCUACCGUGUCGGAGUAUGAUAACUACGUGUUCGAGCUGGCCGUGGAGGGAGGAGAAAGCGAAAUUGUUGCCAAGUCCUUCCAGGAGUAG